AGAUGAUGACAUUAACGACGUGGCGUCCAUGGCCGGCGUCAACCUGCGCGAGGAGAACGCUCAGAUCCUGACCAGCGCGGUGGGCUCUGUGGUGCAGUCGUGCCAGGAUCAGCUCUUCCUGUCUCCCGGCCCCUUGCUGGGCCGCAUCCUGUGCACAGGACGGCCGCUGGGGGUGACCCAAGUGGGCCCAGAGGCGGUGGCUCUGGUUUCUCAUGCCGCUCAGGAAUAUCUCCGCGGCCUUCUGGAGAAGCUCAGCAUGAUGGCGGAACACCGCAAGGCACCACUGAAGGAGGACCCGUGGCACGCCAAAGUGAAUGACGUGCGCUCGCAGCUGCAUUUCCUAGAGGAGGUGGACACUUUGAGGAAGAAGAGGAAAGACGAAGAGGAGAGAGACAGGAUGAUGCGAUUGGCCAGGAGUCGCUCACACACUGAGGAUCCGCUGCUGCAGCAGCUGAAGCAGCGAGCCAAAGAGUUGCAACAAAUGGAAGAGGCUCAGCUGCAGAAGCGAGAAGCCAACCUCACCGCUCUGGCGGCCAUCGGCCCCAGGAAGAAGAGACCGCUCAGCAACACGGAAGGCCCGGUGUCGCUGGUGCCCAGGCAGGCUGUCCAUCGCGUGAGCCGCGUGAUGCUUCGUGACCUGCUGGUGUGUAUGGAGCAGGACCACUUCCUGCGACGCUCUCUCACCUUCUACAAAGCCAUGGUCUGACUGCUCCAGUCUGCUUCCAAUCUUUACCAUUUGAACCGUUUAAGUUAUGAAUACAGUGGUGCCCUGAGAUACGAGUGGAAUUCGUCUCCCAAAACACUUGUAUCACAAAUCCUCAUUCCCCAUUGAAAUGAAUGCAAUUGCCAUCGAUCCGUUUCAGCCCCCCCCCCACCAUUU